AAAAUUUUGCGAUGUUUGUGACAUCACCACCGUUUACACCAACUCUCCUCACUGCACAAACCCCAAACACUAGAAUCAUCACCGCAUUAACCUCGAUCAGAUCAUCCUCUACCCCAGCAACGUCAAUGGAGGACCAGCAACACCACCACCCACCACUGAAACGAGUGGUGGUCUGCGGCGGCGGAGUCAUCGGUGUCUGUACCGCCUACUUCCUAUCCAAAAAAGGUGUCGCCGUAACCCUUGUCGAAAAAUCAUCUAUUGCCUGCGCCGCCUCGGGCAAAGCCGGUGGAUUCCUCGCCCUCGAUUGGUGUGACGGUGGUCCACUCUCGAAACUCGCUCGUGCCAGCUUCAAUCUCCACCGUUCGCUUUCCCAAGAACUCAACGGCCCCCAAUCAUACGGCUACCGUCCCCUCACCGCUCUCAGCCUCUCCAUCACCGAGUCGUCUUCUUCAUCAUCCUCCCAAGAGCCCCACAAAAGCCCUGGCAGAAAUCUUCCUUCUUGGGUUGACGGCCCAGCUAAAGGCCCAAGAACUAUUGGGACAGCAGAAACCACAGCCCAAGUUCAACCUCGACUGUUCACUAAAACACUAUUGUCAAAGGCGGUUGAGGACCAUGAGGUUGAGGUGGUGAUUGGGAAAGUAGAGACGGUGGAGGUGGAGAGUGGAAAAGUUAGGGCGGUGGUAUUGGAGGAUGGGAGAGAGAUUGAGGCCAGAGCGGUGGUGUUGGCUCUUGGGCCGUGGACAAGUAAAUUGUCCCUUUUGGAUUCGAUGUUUAGGGUUUAUGGGCUUAAGGCCAAUAGUAUAGUGUUAGAGCCCAAAGAGCCUGAUGCUAUUACGCCUCAUGCUCUUUUUUUGAGUUACUAUUCAGCUCAGGGAGGCAAGCCCAUGGACCCUGAAGUGUAUCCUCGUCCCACAGGGGAAGUGUACUUAUGCGGAGUGUCAGCUGAGGCCGAGGUCCCAGACGAUCCAGAACAGGUGGCCCCUAACCCAGAAUCGAUACAGGUGCUUAAGAGAGUGGCUAAGAACGUAUCAAGCCAUUUGGAAGAAGGGGAAGCAACAUUGAAGGCCGAGCAAGCUUGUUUUUUGCCGUGUACCGACGACAGUGUACCGGUCAUCGGUGAAGUACCGGGAGUGAAAGGGUGUUUUGUGGCAACUGGGCAUAACUGUUGGGGGAUUCUAAAUGGUCCGGCAACCGGAGCUGCUGUGGCUGAGCUUGUGGUGGAUGGUCGUGCUAGUAUUGUUGAUCUUACCCCUUUUAAUCCAGCCAGAUUUGUUGUUGGGAAGAGGUAGAUUGGUAUGGUAUAGACUACUCCUCCGUCAUAGUUGAUUAAAAAGAUUUACAAUUUACGAUGUAUCUGAUGGGUAUCAUAUUCGAUACAAGUAGGUCGAUUUUAACGAAGUAUCCGUGCUUCGUUAGGCGGCCAUGCACUUGUCUUGUGGUUGGUUUUCUGGCUGCAACGGUUGGAUUGUGGUUAACGAUUAAAUUUGAAGAUUCAUUCUAAAUCGAGAGUGGCGGAUGUAUGUAAGAUUUACUGAUCUUCCGUCUGGUUACUUUAUUUUGAUGCAGUUAGAUUACCUAAACACUGAUGAACAAGAGAAUUUCAAAUGCGGAAUUAUAAAAGAUUGGUAGCUUUAGCAAAUGCUGAAAUCUCUGUGGACAAAGUUGUUG